GAAGCUGAUGAUUUGCUUCUCUUUAGGAACCGUGUUGGAAUGUUCCAACUCUUUCUCAAAGUAAUUCGUAAUGAAAACCUAUUUGGAUUAUGGAAAGGAGUCUCUCCGUCCUUUCUACGAUGUAUUCCUGGAGUUGGCAUUUACUUUAGUACCCUCUAUUUCCUGAAACAACAACUUUUCUCAGUCAAGGAGAUCAGCCCUCUGGAAUCAGUUUUUUUGGGAGCAGGAUCCAGAACAGUGGCAGGAGUUUGCAUGUUACCCUUCACUGUCAUAAAGACUCGUUUUGAGAGUGGUAACUACAGCUAUAAAAGUGUAUUUGGUGCCAUGGGGAGCAUAUACAGGACUGAAGGUGCUCGCGGCCUGUAUAGUGGUCUUACUGCCACACUGCUCAGAGAUGCUCCUUUUUCAGGCAUCUAUCUGAUGUUUUACACACAAGCCAAAAGAUUUGCUUUUCAGAGAAAUAUUGACCAAACCUUCACUCCCAUAAUGAACUUCAGUUGUGGUAUCAUGGCUGGUAUCCUUGCAUCCAUAAGCACCCAGCCAGCUGAUGUCAUUAAAACUCGUAUGCAGCUUUCUCCAGAGAAGUACCGCUGGACUGGUCAUGCUGCCUACUCUAUCUACAAGAAUCACGGUUUGACUGGAUUCUUUAAUGGGGGUCUACCUCGAGCAUUACGUCGAACCCUCAUGGCAGCAAUGGCAUGGACAGUAUAUGAAGAAAUGAUGGAAAAAAUGGGACUGAAGUCUUGA